AUGUUCCUCGCUGAGGUUCUGCUAAGUGCUGCCACCGGAGGAAAAGGUGGAGGUGGUGGCGGUGGUGGUGGUGCCGGAGGGGCCCUCGUCAGAGGCCUCGGAGGCCUCUUGGCAGGAGGUUCAGGUGGCAACAAAGGAGGGAACCUCGCCGGGUUCGUCGGCGGCCUCGUGAAUGUAAUCAGUGAGGCAGCGGCGCAGUAUACCCCUGAGCCGCCGCCGGAGGCCCGGAGCCAUUUUGCCAACGUAGAGGCCAGCGAGAGCGAGGAGGUCCGCCAGUUCCGCCGGCUCUUCGCCCAGCUGGCCGGAGACGACAUGGAGGUGUGCCCCACGGAGCUGAUGAACAUCUUGAACAAGGUGGUGGCCAGGCAUCGGGACCUGAAGAGCGGGGGAUUCAGCCUGGACACCUGCCGGAGCAUGGUGGCAGUCAUGGACAAUGACACAACGGGCAAGCUGGGCUUCGAGCAGUUCAAGUACCUGUGGAACAACAUCAAGAAAUGGCAGGGUGUGUACAAGGAGUACCGCUCGAACACCUCAGGGGCGAUCGAGAGGCCCCGGCUGCCGGCCGCUUUCAAGGCCGCGGGGUUCCGCUUGCACGAGCAGCUGUACGCCCUGAUCACGCGCCGGUACUCCGACGAGGAAGAUGGCAGCAUGGAUUUCAAUAGCUUCAUCGGCUGCCUGGUGCGCCUUGAUGGCAUGUUCCGUGCCUUCAAGGCCCUGGACAGACGUGGAGAUGGGAAGGUCCAGAUGAACAUGGAAGACUGGUUGCAGUUGACCAUGUAUUCGUGAGGCCGGGCAGCCAGCGAUGUGGAAUGUGCAAUGCUCGGGCCAGCUUUGGACUGCAAGCAGCCCCU